AUGGCAAACAAUACCAACAGCUCUAACUCAAGACCGCCGAGCUAUCAACCUCCCCCGGAUUAUGAAUAUGCUGUGGGGACGGAGUCGGAGCCUCCACCAUACCACAACUGGCAAGAAGCUGUGCCUGAUACGACGACGUUCCCUCCACCACCGAUUACAGGCUUCCUGUUCUCUAACAGCGGCAAUGCUAGCACCAGCGACGCCGACCGUGCCCAUGAAUUCUGUGACAAGACCCCGCUAUACAGGCCUGUUCGGCCAUCGGCUCCCGUCUAUGAUUGCGUACAAAGACACGAUCUCCGUCCCGUGCCGCCAGCGGAAUUCCAUGGGACCAUCUCCGUCUCCACAAGGCGUUGGACCGGAUCGACAAGAGAUGGAAGCGGUGACUGCAUGAUAUCAACGCACCUACCCCUUUACUUCGCAUGCGAAGACUCGCCGUUGGUGACGGGGAAAAGCAAGACGAUAUACUUCGAAGUUAAGUUGACUGGACUCAGAGCAGGCCCCGGAUUUGGAAACGCAGAUACAAGUGGGAUGUCGGUCGGGUUCUUAGCACGGCCGUACCCCACGUGGCGAUCCCCUGGCUGGGAAAGAGGCAGCCUCGGUGUCUUCUCCGACGAUGGAUGUCGCUUUGUCAACGACUCCUGGGGUGGCAGAGAAUUCACACGCGAAUUUGCCAUAGGCGAGACUAUUGGCCUGGGGAUGACAUUCAGUCCCCCGGACCCUCCAGCAUAUUCCAGUCUACCAGUAGAGAGCGCCGCCAACAAGCUCAAAACUCAAGUGUUCCUCACUCGAAAUGGUCAGAAAUCAGGUGACUGGGACCUUUACGAAGAAGUCGACCAGGAGUCCGGCGGUAUCACGGGACUCGAAGGAGACUUUGACCUGUACGGCGCUAUCGGGUUAUUCGGCGGAGUCGACUUUGAAGUCUCCUUUGACGAUGUACGAUGGCUAUGGAAGCCCUAA